GUGUUGCUGGCUUAGUGUGGUACAUGUUCUGGCUCUGGUUGUCCUUCGAGAAACCUGCAAAGCAUCCGACAAUCUCCGACCAGGAAUUGUUUUACAUACACGAAUCGUUGGGAACGACGGCGUUGAAAUUGCCGGAACCGACUUUUCGCACAACUCCGUGGAAGGCAUUUUUCACUUCGAUGCCGGUUUAUGCAAUUUUGGUGGCCAAUUUCUGCCGAUCCUGGACAUUUUACUUGCUUCUCAUUGACCAAGCCACAUAUUUGAAGGAAGUUUUCGACUACAACCUCAAAGAGGCGAGUACUAUUGGUUGGCUGUCAGCACUGCCGCAUUUGGUGAUGACCAUGAUUGUUCCAAUGGGAGGAAUUUUGGCAGAUCACCUGAGAAAGAAUGGGAUUAUGUCGACCACGAAUGUCAGAAAGGUUUUCAACUGCGGAGGUUUUGGAUUGGAAGCCAUAUUCCUGCUUUUCACUGCUUACGCAACGACCAGCAAACAGGCCAUGACUUCGCUCGUUUUCGCAGUUGGUUUCAGUGGAUUUGCAAUUUCUGGUUUUAACGUGAAUCACCUGGACAUUGCACCGCGUUACGCCAGCAUCCUUAUGGGAUUGUCCAACGGCUUCGGAACGCUUUCUGGAAUGAUUUGCCCGAAAGUCGUGGAAAGUUUGACUGAGAACGAGAUUGGUUGGCUGUCAGCACUGCCGCAUUUGGUGAUGACCAUGAUUGUUCCAAUGGGAGGAAUUUUGGCAGAUCACCUGAGAAAGAAUGGGAUUAUGUCGACCACGAAUGUCAGAAAGGUUUUCAACUGCGGAGGUUUUGGAUUGGAAGCCAUAUUCCUGCUUUUCACUGCUUACGCAACGACCAGCAAACAGGCCAUGACUUCGCUCGUUUUCGCAGUUGGUUUCAGUGGAUUUGCAAUUUCUGGUUUUAACGUGAAUCACCUGGACAUUGCACCGCGUUACGCCAGCAUCCUUAUGGGAUUGUCCAACGGCUUCGGAACGCUUUCUGGAAUGAUUUGCCCGAAAGUCGUGGAAAGUUUGACUGAGAACGAGUCUUCUGACGAUUGGAGGAAGGUCUUCAUCAUUGCGUCUUGCGUGCACUUUUUCGGGGUGACGUUUUACGCGAUAUUUGCUUCAGGAGAACUGCAACCUUGGGCUGAACCUCCGGUUCCUUCUUCUGUUGUCACUAAGAGACUGUCCAUCAUCAGACAACAAAGUUUGGUGAGCAUUGAUUCGUUACUUGAAUUUUUAAUGAUGCAUUUUGAUCGAAAAAGAUUUGUCCGCGCACAGUCCGAAGGAGGAAUCCUGAGAUCGGACUCCAAGGAACACCAAGCGUCUUACGGCGCCAUUCCGGAAGAACAAGGCAUUCGAGCUGCUGUUCCACAAGCGCAAGACCCGGGUUUCAAUCCUUUCAGACAACCCGCAGCACAGGAUUAUCAAGACCCAACGAAUUACCAACAGCCUGCUGCUCAGUAUUACGACCCCACUGCAUCAUCAUCACAACCGCCGCCGAACCCAGCAAAUCCAUUCAGAGGCGGUUACCAG